AUGCCAUCGAAGAACGAUCUGUUUUUCCAGUCGAUAUCGACACCCUCUCCACCUUUGCCGAAACCGCCUGUACGCUCUGAUAAAUACCCUGCUCCACCGCGCUUGCCCCAGUCGUCGCCGUUAGUCGACAGAGGGAAACGACGUCAUGAGAAAAAACCAUCGUUUGGGCACAUGUCCAUGCAGGAGCGAGAGCAGGAGCAAGAGCGUAUUCGCGCAGAGCAUGGAUUCCGUCUCCGACUUAUUCUCGAUAAGGCGUACAAACUAGGCGAGGGUCGUACCGCUGAAGUAUAUUUAGGGGCUUUUCAUCGUGAAGGCAACGAACGUCACGGAUGCCACGUUGACUGGCAUCUAUGUGCCGUGAAACGCGUGCAAGCUGAUCGUGAGUCGCAGCUAGCAGGGCUCGAGGAGGCAUUUGCUUUACGUCGCCUGGGCUCGCAUCCGCACAUUGUCAACCUGAUUUCUGUUCUGGAUGAGCUAAGUCUCAAUAAAAGCCAUCUUCAUCCAGACACCAGUGUCGACAACCCACCUCGUCUGCUUGUCGUACUCGAGUACCUCCCCUUUUCGCUCGCAUCGUUUGUCAAGCGCAAUCCACAGGCUGUCACGCUAUCGCAAUGGCUCACAUGGGCUCAACAACUCGCCUCAGUGGUAGAGUGGCUCCAUGGACGUGGCUGUGUGCAUGGUGAUAUCAAGAAAGAAAAUAUACUUUUGACCUCGGACCUAACAGUCAAACUAUGCGAUUUCUCAUCGGUGCUCUUUUCCAACGCUGCUGUGCCUGCUACUGAAGUCUACUCUGUGGGCACGCCUGCUUUUCGUGCACCGGAGCUGUUUACAGCUGUAAACUGGUCCCCCUCAGAAGAGCAAGGGCUAGCGCAUCCCGCUUUGUCUUUCACUAUUGAUGUCUUCAGCCUGGGCGUGGUUCUGUAUACACUCGCCAGUGGCGUGGAUCCGAGUCAGCGUGCCUCCUCUGUGAUGGCCAUGCGCCAGCGUCAAUUCCUUUUCUUCCGCCAAGAAGAAGAUGACCGCAUGGAGCGUUUAAACGAACAAGGCGUGACAUAUCCCACCAUUCUUGAAGGCGAGAGUGUAUCUCCCGACUUUAUGGGCUCACCCAAAAUCGGCGAAUCUUAUGUACAUAUUCCUGGAAACCUAUUGGCGCGCCUUUUGGAUCCAUCGCCUUUCCCGUGUGGCAUAAUCACUUCUGCUCCACCCCAACGCCCAACUAUGAACGCAUCGACAUCGUCUUCCACCAGUUCUACUCGGGCGGUGUCAUUGAAUGUGCUGUCGCGGUCAGAGUUCCCCAGUCUCACUCGGUGUUCGUCGAUGAACACGUCAAGUACGAUUGAGCGAGCUAUACGUCGCUCCAAUUCCGCUCACCAUCCGAAGGAGGAGAAAACCUACCGACGAGACGCAAACUUGUCGUCGCUUCGACGAGCGGAAAAGACAGAAGAUUCGAAACAAAAGUUUCUUUCUCUACCUAAUCAUCCUUCCCAUUUCGUACGGGAAGUGAUGGAUUCUACUCCGCCCUCCCCUACGAGGUCGAGCUUCGCAAUGGAUGUGCGGCCGUAUGAAGACGGUGCACCACCCAUGAUUCUCCCUGGCGGUGGUCGCCUGCCAGAUGAGCUACGGGACUUGAUUAAAAGUAUGGUAGCUCCGCGACCUGAAGACAGACCCACAGCAUCGCAAGUCCGCGCUGUGUUGGAUCGCAUUGUAUUGACUGAGUUGUAG